AUGGUCGCCGCGCAUCACUCCGCCAUGACUCCGCCGGAGGAGGCAGAAGCGGAGGAACUGCGUUUGGAGGAGAUACUGAGGCUUUACAACCAGCCCAUCAAUGAGGAGCAGGCGUGGGCAGUGUGUUACCAGUGCUGCAGGACGCUCGGGAAGGAGCACCGGGGCGGCAGGAGCUCCGCCGCCGGACCAGCAGCUGCGGCGGCUCCGAGGAAGAUAACCGGAGUCGGAGAUGUUCGGAUCCAGAGAGACGGAUCCGUGCGAGUGGAACCGCAGGACCGUGAAGCUAAAUUCAGCUCCUGCACAUUAACGGAGGAAAUCGAGUCUCUGGGCGUCACGAUCUACAAAGCUCUGGACUACGGGCUGAAGGACAAUGAGGAGCGGGAGCUCAGCCCUCCUCUGGAGCAACUCAUUGACCUCAUGACCAACAUGGGCGUGGCCGCGCGGGAUGCCUGCCCCGAUGAAGGCUACGAGGCCACAGAGGAGGAGGACGAGGCAGAAGACGAGCCUGCAGAUGUCUGCAGGGUGCACAGCUACAGAGAUAUCCUCAAGCUCUGCACGGCUCAUCUGCCCAGUCGGUCCGACGCCCCCAGUCACUACCAGGCAGUGUGCCGCGCUCUCUACACAGAAACCAAGGAGCUGCACACUUUUCUGGAGAAGAUCAAGAGCGCCAAAGAGAAUCUCCGCAAGAUGGAGGAAGAGACUUCAGAAGAUGCUGGUCGUGACCUCAAUGAGCUCCAGAAUGCUGACUGGGCUCGAUUCUGGGUCCAGGUCAUGAGGGACUUACGUGAAGGGGUCAAACUAAAGAAGGUGCAGGAGCGCCAGUACAACCCUCUGCCCAUCGAGUACCAGCUCACUCCUUAUGAAAUGCUCAUGGACGACAUCAGGUCCAAACGCUACAAACUGCGUAAAGUCAUGGUUAAUGGAGACAUUCCUCCCAGAUUAAAGAAAAGUGCUCAUGAAGUCAUCUUGGAGUUCAUCCGGUCCAGACCUCCUCUCAACCCUGUGUCGGCUCGUAAGCUGAAACCUCAGUCUCAGCCUCCUCCCACUCUGCAUGAACGUAUCCUCGAAGAAAUCAGAGCCGAGCGGAAACUUCGACCGGUGACACCAGACCAGACCCGCAGGGGACGCUUGGUCAUUCGACCACUUAGCAUGUCUUUCAGUUUUGAUGCGUCAGGUUUUGGCAAUACUCGCAGUAUGCCACAGGAUUUGUUCCAUACUGGAUUAGAUGAGUUCAGUCCCUACAUGGGCAGGAGGACGUCCAGUUCUUUGUCUCUGACUAGUGGAUCUGGAGCUUUGAGGGUUGAAUCCAGCGGAUCUCAAUCGGUACCUCAGAAGAAAAAGCUGCUGAAGGCUCCGAGCCUCUCCGAGCUCAACACCUCUGACUCCGAUGAUGAGAUUCCUGAACAAGCAUCAGCGAGUAGCUCCAGUGUGGCCACGUCUCUGAUGGAUGACACGUCUCCAGAGUCCGUGCUCGGGAAGAAAACUCCCCCAAUGUUCCUUCCAAUCUCUUCCACACCCCAACCAGAGAGACGUCAGACACCCCAGAGGAGACACUCCAUCGAGAAAGAAACCCCAACUGAUGUCCGUGAGUUCCUGCCGCCCUCAAAACUGAAUUCUAAGUCUCUGGAGGAGUUCUGUUUCCCUGUGGAGUGUCUGUCUCUGACAGUGGAGGAGGUGAUGCACAUCCGACAGGUGCUGGUUAAAGCAGAGCUGGAGAAGUUCCAGCAGUAUAAAGAUAUUUACAACGCCAUGAAGAAAGGAAAGCUUUGCUUUUGCUGUAGAACCAAACGGUUCUCCUUCUUCACCUGGUCCUACACCUGCCAGUUUUGCAAAAAGCCUGUGUGUUCACAGUGCUGCAAAAAGAUGCGGCUGCCGUCCAAACCCUACUCCAGUUUACCCAUCUACUCGAUCGGCUCAACCAACACUCUUCGAGACAGGAUUACUGCACUGGUUGCUAUAAGACAAGGUCUCUCAGCAGCUGGAGGGGCGGAGCCAUCAGCAGUGGGAGGAGCUUUGGGGUCUCCCACUUUAAGAGAAGCAAAAACAGGAGGGUCCAAACGAGCUGGAAAAAGCUCAGGGGUGGCAGCCGCUAAAUCUGAGAAAUCCUGCAGCAGCCCUCGUCGCCACAGUAUUCAGAAGACCAUGUCCAAGCUUUCGAAGCACGGUUCAUUAAAGUCUCAUGAUGAGCUGGAGCUUCCCCCAGAGCUGACAGAGGACUGGGCGACCAGGGAGGUGUGUGUGGACUGCAAGAGGUUCAUCUCUGACAUCAUCACCUCCAGCAAGCACAGCCUUUCAUUGGCUACCAAGCGGGCUCGCUUAAAACGCAAGACUCAGUCCUUUUACAUGUCAUCCCCUAAAGGCCGGGAGGAGUACCGGCCCUCUGAGCGAACAAUCAAUGAGAUCUAAAACUCUGCAUUAAAUCGUCUCAAAGGCUUCGGACACGAUGGUUCUGUUCUGUUCUUCAUGUACAGCACACUGUAGACCUACUAAUCAUUUUUAUAAACUCUAUCAGAGAUCUUCCUCUGUCAAUACAAAAUUUCAAUGACAUCAAUAAGCACAAACCUGACUGAUGUGAUGUGAAGCAUCGUG